CGGCCGGCGGGCGGGGCGCGGAGCCACCGGUCUCUAUGCGGCGUGUCCCGGUACGGCCGGCAGUGAGUAAGCGAUUGGUGCCGGGGCAGCCCGCCCAGCCCCCGCCCGACCCCCGGCCUGCCCCGGCCGCUGCCACCUCCCCUCUCCCCGGCCCGGUUCCUGCUGCCCCGCGAUGUCCCACCGGCCCUCCGCCCGGCCCCUGCCCCUUCCCCUUCCCCUGCCAUCCUGGACGGCCGGGAGCGCUGCUGCCCGAGCUCCCGCCGAGCUCCACCGCCCUCGCCGCGUUCCUGUGAGGGCCGCUCCGCUCCCGCCGUCUCUCUCUGCACGGUGCCCGUCCCGCCGCCGGUGCGGCCUACCCACGGCCUGUGCCGCCGCUGGUUCCGCCUCCCGCCGGGGUGCAAGGCUGUGCCCGCCCGCCUGCUCUGCUCGGUGUCCGGAACCUCCGUGCCAUUAAAGACAUGUGCGAGCCACUGCAUUAGUGUCGUGUCUCUUGCCGUGCGGCGCGUCCCAGCCCUCGGUAGCGGGCAGAGGCCCUGUGCCCGGCAGCGGAACGGUGCCGCCCAGACCUGUUCGGGGCAGGACGUUUUGUCGGGUCCUCGUUUUGUCCCGCUUGCAGUUCCGGGUACUCGGGGUCGGUGUUUCCAGGUGGCACAGCUGCGUCCAGGUCACCAGACUAAACUCGGUGCUGGUCUAAGGAAAAGCAAACCUGUUAACUUCAGGAUGUUUGCGCAGCUACCGUUAAAAUCACUAAAGGGGAGAAAAUCUUCCAAAAGGCUUGAAAUAAACUUGCAAUAUUUUGUUAUUUUCCAGGGUUUGGGUGUAGAAGAUUUUUUCCUGUGAUCUCCUGAAGGUAUAGCUUGUCAACAGAAAAACAUUUACCUCUUCUCCAAAGCUGUGCUUUCCCUUGCACUUACUUGCUCUGUAUUUAAAGGGAGUACAAAUAAGAAACAUUUUCUCAAACACACAGCAGUUUGACAUGAAAAUGAGUUUUGUGUGUCAGCAUAGAACAACAUAAGUUGUCCUUGGAAGAAACAAGUGACAAAGUUUAGCCAAGAGUAACUAACGGCAAAUGUCACAAUUAGAUCAGCUUUAUGGUGCUGUCUGCCUUUUUCUGGCUACAUGAAGCUGAAGCGAUAGUUACUCUGCAUACUUGUCAGGGUUUUCUUUGUGAAAACCGAGGGAGUGCCUGCCCUGAAUCUACCUCAUGACAUGUUAAAAUGUUUCACUGUGAGGGUGAUGCUCUAGAUGGAGCACACUGGUGCAGGGAGCAGCUCCAGGUGUCUGGUGACUGCAUGUUUCACCUUGGGUGGCACAUGGAAACUGCUACCUUCUCAUGCGCUUUGAGUUAGGUACAGGAACACAACACAGGUGAAGACAAAAACUGUCUCCUGACAUUGACCUCUGAUAAUAAACAUAUAUUGUUGUGUUUUUUGGGUUUCGGGUUUCUUUUUAAUGCAUUCAGAUUUGACAUUUGUAUAUGUUCCUAGGGUAGCAAGAAGAACAAAGAUGUGAUUUUCAUUUUGGUGCUGCACUCCAUAACAAUUAAUAGUUUCGAUUGCUUGUCUCUCACAAAAUAGAAGUAUGUCACUUCUGAUGAAGGGUGCAAAAGCAGUUACAGCAGCUGACAUGAAAGAUUUCCUCUAACUGCAUUUGAACAUUGAAGUUUUUAAUCAAUUUCAUGUUGGUUGUACCUGUGCAGUAUUCUAACAGUCUGAAGCACUGGGCAGUUUAUGUAUCACAAAUGGGACUAAAGAGAAAAGGUCUAGUCUGCACACAGCUGUGAAGUCUGUUGAUGUGUCCUGCUCUUCUGGUGUGUGAACCUCUGCUCUGGUAGAUGCUUGUGGGUUUAGGAAGCUGGUGGUAAUUCCUUUGGAAAGGCUUUCUUUUCCAUUUUACUGUUGUUCCUGUCUGUAACAAAGUCUGAUGGUAGGGUUCUGUUUGUCUUUUUACCUCCUAAGACAGCAGAGAAUACAUUUGUAACUGUAUUUUCUAUGUAGCCUGUGUCAUGAAGUGUUAGAUUUUACAUUACUGCAAAGAUCAAGCAGAAAGCAAGAAAAAUAAGGAAAUAUUUGGAAUUCACUGAUGACUUUUGGUGAGAAUAGUAUACUUGUCUGAAAAGUCGUAUUUGCAAAGGAUGAAAAAGUAAUCUUUUUUUGCUACUCAUUCUUUCUUUCUUUGAGAGUUUUUUCUUUUAAGCUCUGACAGAUUUUAGGAGUUGAAAAAGUAACAUCAGCAGAAGCAGAGAAGUUAAGCAGCAGCAAAGAGGAGUGAGAAGGGAGAAACAAAGUUUGUGAAGCAGGAAUGGCAUGGGAAGGACUGGCCUGGGCAUCUUACUACCACUUAUGCCAAGCCCCUUCUGCAUUGGCCUGCCAUACCUACUGAGCAAGAGGAGGAGCCUUUCGUCGUUCCAGAUGUACAUGGACCUGAGAGGAGGAGCCAUUGUUUGACCUGAGCUUCUGGGGAGGAUAGAUCGAAAUACAGACGAUUCACGUUCCAGAAUGUUUGUUGGAUAUGAAGAUGCUGAGGAUACUGAAAUGUAUGAAGAUGAACUUUAUCACGAGGAGUCAUCCAGUGAGGAGAGCAUUGACAGUGAGGUGGAAUUUCAUCUCUACAGCCAGAUCCACUAUUCCCAGAAUCUUGGAGAAAUCAGCACAAUGGAAAUGGAUGAGGAAGCUGAUGUUUCAGGAGUUUCAGGAGUUACGGGUGAUAGUUCAGUUCUAACUGAGAAACAGUAUGCAAACAAGAACAUCACUGAAUCUGUGCCUUGUGUUCAAGUUUCAGAUGACUCUGAGGUCAUUGUCUUGUCUGAUACACCAGAUGAAGACAGUGUUUACAAAAGCAAAGCAACGAAAUCACGAAGCUUUUUAGCUCAAGGUGAAAUACAUAUACAUCCAAGAUCUUCCAUGCCAUAUCAUGCCAAAGCUGCUGGAUGUAAUACCCUGCAUCCUGCUGGGUCAGGCAUAGACAUUUCAAGGCAAAGGAAAAGCACUAGUGGGAAGCAUAAUGCAGUUAGUUCUGCUGGAGCUCAUGCCAUCCAAGAUGUGCUGGUAAUAGAUGACAGCUCAGAGGAGGAGAGUUUGGCAUCUGCAAGUGAUAACGUCGAGAGUUGGAUGCUUCUGGGAGCCGGUGCAGAUGACAGAGAUGAAAAUAUAUUGUUGAACCUUGAGGACUGUGCAACUCCUGUCAGUGAAGGAGAAGUUGAUGUGGACUGGUCCAUCUGUAAUAAAGACUUAGAGGCACAGAUUUCUAACUAUGGGAGUGUGAGACACAGCAGUAUGCGGUACUAUACAGCUGCUAAAAAUGUUACCUGUAGAAAUUGCAGUAGACCAGGUCAUUUGUCCAAGAACUGCCCUACUCCGAAGAAAGUUCCUCCUUGUUGCCUGUGUGCAGAAAGAGGUCAUCUACAAAACAGUUGCCCAGCACGUUUUUGCUUAAACUGCUGUUUGCCUGGCCACUAUUUCAAGGAAUGUGUUGAGAGACCCUAUUGGAAUAAACACUGCAGUCGCUGUGAUAUGAAGGGGCAUUAUGCUGAUGCUUGCCCAGAAAUAUGGAGGCAGUAUCACCUAACAACAAAGCCAGGACCCAUUAAAGCAGCCAGUUCUCACUCUGAGCACUCUGCUGUAGUGUACUGCUACAACUGUUCCCGGAAAGGACAUUUUGGAUAUGAGUGCUCAGAAAGGCGGAUGCAUGGAAGCAUGUUCCCUUCUUCUCCAUUCAUCUGCUACUAUGAUGAUGAAUACGAUAUCAAGAGAAGGGCGAACAGAUUAAAAAGAAAGGUUGCAGAACUACAUGAAGCUGGCCUUCUGCCGGAGACAGCAUGGCAGAAGGAAAAACAUGAGGGGUACAGCCAUAAGAAAAAGAACAAGUCUUGGAAAGAACAUCGGAAACAUAACAAAGAUGGCGAGUGUCACAAAAAGGUGAAGAUGUCCCACGCAGAGAAACACAGAGAAGAGAAACACAGGAGUGAUAUUGAAAUCAGCCACAGUCUGGAAGAGGACUUCCCUAGAGGGUGUAAAAGGCAGGCAUGUAAGGGCAGCAAAAUCCAUCACAAGUCCAUUUUCAAGGCAUUCUCAGGCAGCAAGACUACAUACACGCAGGAGUCUCUGAAAGGUGCUAAAAGGAAGAAGAAAUGGAAAAAGCAGAAAGAAGCUAGUCCUGGUAACAGUGAGAAUUUAUUCCUCAUAAAACAGAGGAAAAAGAGGUCCAAACAGAAAUCCUGGUGAUGAGGAAGUGGAUAGGUAGCACUGGCAUUUACUGGCUCCAGUUCUGCCUUCUCUUUAUUUUUGUCCCUCUCUUAGCACACUGAGUUUAAGUCCGUCCUUGAACCCACAUGGGCAUGCCCAGGCACAAGUCACACACUGAACUCUGUUCCCGGAAGGCAGUGCUCUGUCUGUCAUGAACUGGCCACUUGAGAGAUGGGCUUAGUGCUUGUGCCUGGAGUGGCUGUACUUUUCAGCAGUCCCAGUAUAGGCUGUAAGUUUGUUUUCUUUGCUUGGGGGGGAUAUGAAGGUAAAAGGGGCCAUGCUUGGUUUGGUAGCUUUUGUUUUUUCAUCAGUGAGGUGUUGCUCUGCCUGUCAGAGCAGGAUCUGCUGCUAGGGAGCACAAUGCCCUUGGAGCUGACGGUGGAGACGUCUCAUGUUAGGACGAGCUGGGAUACAGACCAGGCAUAUGGAUGUAAAGCAUGUUUCCUGCAGCCACUCAGUAUUUUCCAGUGUGCUGGAAACAGCUGGGCACUGUUUCACUUCAGUCGCUCCCAGAAGGAGGGUGCUGCAAAGUCGUUGGCUUGCACUGUGGGAUGUGACAGUCUCCUGCCUCAUGCUCCAUUGUGGAUCCAUCACCCCCAGUGCCACAAUUUUUGGUGCACAGGCCCAUUCCCUCUCUUUGCCAACUAGUCAGCAGGGCAGGAGAAAGCAGCUGAGAAUGGAACAGAGUUUACAUCUCAAAUUAAAUAUGUCCUGUUCCCCUUGAUGUGGAAGUUGUUUCUGGUGAAAAGACAGCAGAGUAUGAAAGAUUUAUUUGCUUCCAGACAUAACUGUGUUAAAAUUCAGUAUUUUUUUAAAGACAGUUAUUUUUGUACACUGGAAUUCAACAAAUGUGUUGUUAAAAGCUUUGUAAGAAUAAAUGCUUCAUCAAAAGAACAACCCAAAUAAAACUUCACGAGGGAUAUAAAAAAAAA